AUGGAAUCUGUUCUUAUCUACAAGAUAAGAGAUAUACGGAAUCUGAAGUCAUUCUUCAGCUUAAGUUGUUAUUCACAGCAACAACAAUCAAUGCAAUCGAAAAUAAAUUCAUUCUUCAGACCUUCUUGUUCUUCCACAUCACGAAGCCAAGCCCUAAAUCCACCUCUUCCCCUUUCGGAUAACUUGUCCGAUGAUGAAGACUUCACCAGAGAACCCGAAAUUCCCAUUAUAUACACUCGACGAGCUCCAAACGCAGAUAGAGCUAAUGAUGAUCUUUUCAAAGAAAAUGAUCCAAACAAACUUAAUUUUGGACAACAGUUAGUUUCCACAAAUUCCAAAAAGGUUUUAAACAAGAAAAGGAAGUAUGCACAGUUUCAUUUGGAUCUAGGUCAAUCCGAUUUUCUAUUACACACUUGUAAAACUUGUGGAUUCAAGUUUGCUCCUAGAGAUGAAGAAGAUACAAAGGUUCACAAAGAAUUUCACAAAAGCUACACUCAUGGUAUCCAAUUCAAGGGCUGGUGUAAUGAAAGAGUUAUAGAUACACACUCAUUAGAACAUGGACGUAUUAUUUUGGUCCUUAAUGAUGAUCCUCCUGCUCAUAUAAAAAAGGUUGAGGAGGUUAUAAAGAUGAUGGAGAUGGAACUUGGUGAUGGAUGGAUCUUCCAUAAACACUGUAAGGUUUAUCUUUAUAUCUCCUCCCAACGGGUUGCUGGAUGUCUAGUUGCAGAGCCAAUAAACAAAGCAAAUUCAAAUGACAUUCUUCUUGGAGCCAUCAUUUGUGAAAAAGACUCAAUCCCUGCUGUUUGUGGAAUCCGUGCAAUUUGGGUCACACCCUCCAACAGAAGAAAACACAUUGCCACUCAUUUACUCGAGUCCAUAAGGAAAAGUUUUAGUUCGGAUGUGAUUCUAGAACAUUCUGAGUUAGCAUUCUCUUAGCCAACAAAUGCUGGGAAGUUAUUAGCAUCAAGUUACACAAACACCAAAUCUUUCUUGGUUUACACAACAAAUUCAUAGUAAACCAAUAAAUCUUGAAUUCUCUUCAUUAUUUCAAGAAAUUAUAAAAAUGGUUAAAAAUAUAAAAUUGGUUGAUUCAAGUGUUUUGGAGUAUGGCGAAUGAAGGAUGAUUUGGGGUUCAUACUUGUAUUUAUAGGUUGAGAUGUGUAAGAGGGUUGUGAUUUGUGAAGUUGUACUUUGUGCAAUUUUUAUUGUACAUUUGCAUUGGCAAGAUCAACAUUCUGUUUCUUGUCUACAUUUGCAAUCGGAUUUAUCUGCAAUAAUAAACCAUAGGAAUC